CCCAAUUGCUUGCAUCUCCGCAUCCAACAUCUUUGCUUACAAUUCUCUUCUUUCAACUGCGCGCCGUCAAACCUGGAAACCCGAUAUCUAGGGUCACCCUGGAGAAUUCAUGAUCACCUCGAAGCUCGUCCGGCCUAUACUAUCUACCAGCGCCGCAUUUGCCUCGUUUAUCCGCCCUGCAAAUACCCCGCAGUUUCAGGGAAUUGGGUUGGGAUCUGGGAUUUUCCAGCAGCCGUUGAGAAAGAUGCAUAUCCAAAGUAUUCCUAUGUGUAUGUGCUGUUCAGCCCGUGGUAUUUAUCUAGUCGUCGGUAAUCAAGCCGGCGGUGGAGGGGAACUUGCUUGAGCUGCACCGGGUGAGGAGAGGAAAGAGAGCGGAAUAUGCCCUUCCGGAGAAUCGAUGGCAGCAGGAAUAUACUGUUGAUGCUGAGUACAAUGGCUGAUAGCGAUGCUCAUCAGGGGUUGGGUCGUCCAACAACUACGCCUACCUCGUCAGUGACGAUGAGACGAAAGAUGCGGUCAUCAUCGACCCAGCCAAUCCUCCCGAAGUUACACCCAUCCUAUCCGAGAAAUCCAAAACGCUCAAUCUCACCGCGAUCAUGAACACCCACCACCACUGGGACCACGCCGGCGGCAACAAGAAAAUCCUGUCCUCGCUACCCUCCCAGAUACCCGUCAUCGGCGGCGCAGAUUGCGAGGCCGUGACCAAGACCCCCCCGCACAAUUCGACCUUCUCCAUUGGCAAGAACAUCCAAGUCACGGCCCUGCACACCCCCUGCCACACGCAGGACAGUAUCUGCUGGUUCAUGGAGGACUCCAAGACGAACGAACGCGUCGUGUUCACGGGCGACACAUUGUUCAUUGGUGGAUGCGGGAAAUUCUUCGAGGGCAAUGGCGCAGAGAUGCACAAGGCGCUGAAUGAGGUCCUUGCGGGUCUGCCGGACGAUACCAAAGUCUACCCGGGCCACGAGUAUACCAAGUCGAACGUCAAGUUUUUGAAAAAGGUGCUCCCGGGCAACGAGGCGGUCGACACACUCGAGAAGUUCGCGGACGACAAUCAGCAGACGCAGGGCAAGUUUACCAUCGGACAGGAGAAGGCACAUAAUGCCUUCAUGCGGGUGCACACGGACGAGAUGAAGAAGGUCACGGGCGAGACGGAGCCCGCUGCGGUCAUGGCUAAAUUGAGAGAGAUGAAGAAUGCUGGUUAAAAGUUUUGAGGCUGUUGUAUUUCAAUGAACGGUAGGGAUGAUGCCCACCAUGACGUUUGUGUAGGUAGAUGACUCUCCGUGACUUGCGAAGACAAGCAAGGAAGUUUUAAUCUCCGCCGCGUUAGCUAGCCGUAGGAUCCUCAAUCUUCCAAGUCGCCUGUAGAGUAAGUCCUCAUUGCCGCAGUAGAAUCACCUGCAAAGGCGUGAGCUGUUUGUG